UCAGAUGCUGUUGCUUGUUGAACUAAAAAAAGCAUUUGAUAAAUCGCUAUCGGGAACUGUACCAUGACUUAUUAAUCAUGUUGUCGGUAUAUACCGUAUUAUUACGUGAAGUUUACGUGUUACGUUAUGAAUGACAUAAUGAUAGUUCAUGACGUAUGUACGUGUAAACAUUUAACAGUAAGGUUAUAGUUUCCCUGUCUCCUCAUCGUAUACCAAAAAUGUCCUCACUGUUAUUUUCACAUGUACUUGCAAGUAGGAGUAAAAGAUUAUUUUCUUCCAAGAUAUUCAACAGACAUUAUGUAGAAUAUGUGCAAGGACAAUCACCAGAACCUAAAGUUAGAGAAUACUUUUAUUAUAUAGAUCACCAAGGCAUGUUGUUCUUGGAUGAUGCUCGGAUGAAAAAUUUUACAUCUUGUUUUAAAGAUAAAAAAUUUUUGGCAUUCUUUUUCAAGCACUUGAAAAAAAAUGACACUAGCAGAUACAGAGAGGAUUUUCCUUAUAUUUCUCUUUGUGGUAUAGAAAGGAAUUUUGUCAGAUGCGAUGAUUUACCAAUAGUCUUCACAAAAGUUAUUCAAUGGGAAGAUGAAAAAACAAAAGAUAAUAAAGAUUGGUUUGGUUAUGCUCAUGCAGAAGAAUUAUUAAUGGUUCCAUUUCAACCAGAAAAAUUACAUAUGAAUGUUCAUUCAGGAAGAGUGUAUCAUCCUGCACCAGAAAGAGCAGGAGGAAUUGGUCUAGUAAGAUCAAAACUUGCAAUUGAAUUUAGUUCAUUGUUCAAUUUUGAAAAAGGAGAAGAACAUAGUCCAACUCACUUUAAUUGGAAAGGUAAAAGAUAUUCCCUUGAUACAGAGUGGUGUAAGAACAAAAUAGCACAAACUAUAAAAUAAAAAUAAACUUUAUUUUUUAUUAAAAAA